UAAGCUUUCUCUUGUGUUGUUAAACACCCGGAUGAUUUCCAUAGCGACCACAAAGAAGCAAAGAUGGCGGAGUCAGAGACGAUGAGUGUUGACACCAGUAAUGAGGCUAACGAUGAUCCUCUGCAAGAGUUAACAGACGAUGAGUUGGACAGACUGUUAGAUGAAACUCUGCGUGCAAAUGAGGUUCUGGCAGCAGAAACACAGAUGUUUGAAAAGUUCUUCAAACGAGUUGAACCAAAAGAGCUCCAAGGUAUCCAACUCUCUGUCAACGCUGCUCCGUCCCAAUCCCAACAUGAUGUUGGGGGUCGUGGAAUUGGAAGAAAACGAUCCAAAUCACGUAGCAGCCAUGUCGACAAAAGUCUGAGACUGACAGCAGAACAGAAGUGUGAUAUUGCACAGAGGGAGAUUGAGGAAUUAAGGGAAGAUAUUGACAGACUGAAAGAUGAAUCUGAACGUGUUCUUGACACAUAUAGGGCCAUCAUGGAGGAGGCAGACAUCAGAAUAAAUGAAAUCAAGAAAGCCUCCUAUGAAUUUGAGAGAGAUAUUGUUAAAGGGGCAGUGAACACAAGAACGGGAAAAGUGAUCUCUGAAAGAGUGCUCAAAUAUUUGGAAGACAAAAUCAGAGCUAGGGACACACUUAUUGAGAAGCUCAGAUUAAAGAAUUCAACACUGAAAGUCCAAAAGAAAAAAUUAGCAAUGCAGUUGAAACAGAAAGAGGAGAUGGGUGAGGUUCUACAUGAAGUGGACUUUAAUCAGCUGAAGAUUGAGAAUGCCCAGUACUUGGAGAAGAUAGAUGAGAGAAACCAGGACCUCCUGAGACUUAAACUGAUGGCAGGAAAUACACUGCAAGUGCUCAACACAUACAAGAAAAAACUCAGCACAUUAACACUGGAGUCAACGAGACUUAAAGCUGAAAUUGCAUCAAGAAAUGAUCUGUUGGCCAGAAUUGACAGUGAAACAGUCACUGUAGAGACGGACCGAGCAGGUGCAGAGAAGAUCAAUCGCAAGCUCCGCACACAGCUUGGUGACUAUCGCGUGCCAGAGGUGAUGGAAUAUGUCCGCGAGAGGGCAGACUUGUAUGAGAUGCACAAGAAAGUAAAGAGCUGGGAGAGGAAGGUAGAAAUUGCAGAGAUGGGACUGAAGACGCACAGGAAGGCUUGGAAUCAAAUGCGCAUGGCCAGUCACCAACCAAAUCCAUGGGGAGUCAUGGAAACAGUUUAAUUUUUUUCUUUGAUUAAUUAAGACAAUAUUUGAGGAAAGAGAGAGAGGCAGGGCAUGACAUGGAUUCACCAGUGAAAUGUACCUGUUUUUCUUUUAUAUACAAUCAUAACCAAACUAAUGGGUGACACAGAAACAGUGUAAACAUUGUCCAAACAAUAAACACUGGAGGAGCGGAACAAUAAUACCUUUUAAAAUGAAAGGGACCAUAGGACUGCUCUAAACAUAUUAAAACCAGCUUAAAAUAUCAUAUUUAACAUUAUAUCAUGUAAAGCAUUCAUUUCAGGAUCUACACAGAUCUGUGUUGUAAUGUAAUAGAAAGACAAGUGGUCUUAGCACUGCAAAUAUAUUGACAUACUUUAAUACUGUACUUUUGUUGCAGUGCAGUUAUAGAACUUGUCAAGCAAUAUCCGUAUUGAAACCAGAGUAUGCUUGCAUGGUGAAUCAUUAUCAUUAUUGUCAAGAUGUAUAUUUUGUAAAUAAAAUGAAAUAU